CUACGCAUGCCCUACAGGGUUAGCUAUCCAGCAACACACACAGUCACACACCUUAACCUUGUCAAAUCCUUUCCACUGUUCCUUCACUUGGCAGACUCACACACAUGACACACAUCCACAUUCCCAAAAAUCUUAGAUAGAGUAGAUAGAUACACAAGUGCACGCAUAUUCACACACACACACCAUAACUCUCUUUCACUGUUCACUCUUUCCUCUCUCAUCUGUCUGCUCCUGCUUUCCUUUCUUCCAAGCUUUCUUGGAAAAGAAAAGCCACCAGGUCUUGUCUCUUUCCAGGUGCCCUCAACUUUCCAUUCCUAGCUUCUCCUCCAAAGACUAAAAAAUUUCACAAGUUUAUAGAGUCUCAUCUCUCAGCAGAAACUUAGAUGGAUGAAUAAACUGAGGACUUGCUUGGUUGAUUCAACUUGUUGUGAUGGAAGAUAUUUACAGGAUGAACCCUUUUCUAUCUAGUCCACAAGAUCAUGUUGUUGCCACUGCUGGUUCUUCUCAACUGCAUCUAGGCCUUGUGGCUAGUAACUACCUUCAGAUGGAAGAGCCUGAACCGGGUUUGACCGGGUCAGAAAUGUCGGAUCGGUUGAUCAAGAGCCAGAUCGCCUCUCACCCUCUUUAUCCAAAUCUUGUUUCUGCUUACAUCGAAUGCCAAAAGGUUGGAGCACCGACAGAACUAGCUUCCUUUCUUGAAGAAAUAGCCCGUGAGAACCACAAUAGUUCUAAUGGUUUCGGCCGUGAGAUAGGAGAUGAUCCAGAACUUGAUGAAUUCAUGGAAUCAUACUGCGAAGUUCUUCAGAGAUACCAACAGGAGUUGUUCAAACCCUUCAAUGAAGCAACCUUGUUUUUGUGUGAUAUUGAAUCACAGUUAAGUGAGCUUUGUAAAGGAACACUAACAAUGCCAUCAGAUAACAACCGGUCAGAUGAGGCUGCUGGGACAUCAGAGGAUGAAUUGAGUUGUGGGAAGGUGGAAGCGGUGGAAUAUUCCGGCAUGCGUCAGGGGGAUCAAGAGCUAAAAGAAAUGCUCCUUCGUAAGUAUGGCGGUUAUCUUAGCAGCUUGAGAAAGGAAUUUCUAAAGAAAAGGAAAAAGGGUAAGCUACCAAAGGAUGCAAGGAAAACGCUUACGGAUUGGUGGAACACCCACUAUAGGUGGCCUUAUCCUACGGAGGAAGAGAAAUUGCAGCUAUCAGAAAUGACUGGACUUGAUAUAAAGCAGAUCAACAAUUGGUUCAUCAAUCAGAGGAAACGGCAUUGGAAACCAUCUGAAGAUAUGAGAUUUGCAAUAAUGGAGGGUGUAAGUGGUGGCAUAAUAGGACCUAUGUAAUUAAUUAAUUCUGGAUGUGGAUCGUGAUUAUUUCUUUAAGUUUCCUGCUACCUGCACUUGUGGAACCUGCACCAAUAUAUAUAUGACGAGGACAUGAGGUGCUCUAUUCAGCUUAUAUACAUAACUGUAAAAUAUUGAUCUCCACCAUUGAUCAAUGGUCCCUAUUCCCUAAGACCUAAACCCAUUAUUUUACGACAAUAAGUUACUUUUUUUUUUGUGAGAUCAGGAUAUUCACUGCCGACAACAAUGACCAAUCUCUUUGCUUUGAGUGUUUGCACUAAACAGUAAAUGACUGUCCACAAUAAGCGCUUUAUUCUGAUGGGUGGGCCAUGUUACUAUUGAUUCUUUAUGAAUAUAUACUGUGACAAUCAAUAUGAAGAUUAUAUUGUGACAAUCAAUAUGAAGAUUUGGCACGGAUAAAGAAAUUUUCUUAUACGCUACUAUAGUGUGUGGUAGCUAUUUUGGUGAUGUUGCCUAUGACCUUGUAAAUGCAAUGGAGCCAGUCCAAGUAGUAUUCACACAUUGUUUAAGGAUGAGUUUGAAGUCUCAUGGUUUAAGGCUUUAAGCUAUGUUAUCCAAGGUGUACCUUUUUUUUUGUCUCUGUCAUCCAACGUGUACUAAUAAUGUUUCUUAUGCAAGUGAGAUCGAUGUCAAUAUUUUGAA